AUGCCUGGGCCGAAGAAAAAAAGUACAUCCACUAAGUACGCCAGACAGAAGUUGAUCCAUGUGAGAAGCAUUGUAAAUUUUUACACCGAAGAACUGUCACGUAUAUCAACGGAUGCAGAUUUACUUCGAAGCCUGCUCAAGCGGAAAGACAUAACGGUUAAGGUCUGUGAGUACGCCUUCAAAGAGGUUGUUAUAGAUGGUAAUUUCUUCAUGUGUUUGAACAGUGAGUACUAUGCUAGCGGUAAUAUAUACGAGAUUGCACAGGUAUUGCACUGCAAGUUAGAUUAUAUUAAGAUGAGAAUAAAAGAACUGGCACGUAAAAAAACAUAUUCAUCCUACACAUAGAUUGUGGUGUAUUAGUAGUCGAUUUUACACCACAAUUUGAUCAAAUAUUUAACAUUGAGGAGCUUUUUAGUUCUGCAGGAGAGAAUAAAAAAUAUCAUUCACACCGGUAAAGAAACACGGGCGAGAGUUACAGAUAAAUUGUGAACUGUGAUAGAAAUUGAAAUAUUUGGUAAAUAAAGUGCUUUUUUGCUUA